CCUCUUUAUUAAAAUAUAUGGAGGAACUUUUAAGCAUUGUCUUCCUGCUUCGCCCCAAUCAUGAAGAAGAAACAAAGGUCUACCGCCGUCGAAGCGUCGUCAAUCUCCCCAACCGGUGCUGACCUAAAAGCCCUCAUCCGGUCUAAUAGCAUCUUCUUCGACAAUCUCGUUAAUCUGAUCCCACCCAAAUACUACCUCCCAAGCGAGGAGGAUUCCAAGCCAUGGUACCCAGGCUUGUCCAAAGCGAAAAAGGCAUCUCUUAAACGGCAGUCUAGGGAGAACAUCAAACUCGCCCGUCGCAACCGGCUCGACCCGGAACAGAAGAUUGCGCAAUCUUCAACUCUCGACCUCCUCAAAGAAUCCAUCGACAAGCAGAAGAAUGUGGACGAUUCAGACAACGCAAAACCCGUCGAUUUGGGCGAAAAUGAUAAAAAGGAGAAUACGGAUGACCGUUCUGUUACAUAUGAAGAGUUGCGGCUGAGGCUCCGCCGGAAAAUCGAGGCCCUCCGAGGUAAUAGAGGUACAGGCGAGAGAUCUAAGAGGAAAAUGGAUGUCGAGGAUGGAAGUUUUGUGAAGUCGGAAGGGAAGAAGCGAAAAAGGGAUGUUGACAAAGAGGAGAAUACUGGAAAGACUGGCAGCGGUGUAGCUAAUUCCUGCUUAGAUCUGAGUGAAAUUGAAUACGGGAAAGUAAAGAUUGGGGAUGAUGAGAAGCUCGGAAAGAGGAAGAAGAAGAAAAAGAUACCGAAAGAGAAAGAGCUGGAGAGGUUGAAGAAAUUGGAAGAGGUUAAGAAGGAGAACCCAAAGGUGGCAGAGAAAGAGUCAUGGAAAGCUGCCGCGGAAAGGGCAAUGGGGAUAAAGGUUCACAAUGAUCCAAAGCUUUUGAAGGAGAGCAUGAAGAAGGAGAAGAAGAGAAAAGAGAAGAGCACUGAAAAAUGGAAGGAAAGGGUAGAAAGUAGAGAGAAGUUGAAGGAAGAGAGACAACAUAAGAGGAAGGAGAACAUUUCAGGGCGAAUCCAGGAUAAAAAGUCUAGGAAAAUAGCUAAAAGAGAAAAGAAGCUCAUGAGGCCUGGAUUUGAGGGGCGAAAGGAGGGAUUUAUCACUGAGAGUUGAAGUUAAUGUGCUUAUCUAGCAUGUAUUGUGGUAUAAUAGCUUCAUGCUUUAUCUUUGAUAUGAACUUUGCUUGUGCUAUUAUGCAAUUUAGUUUUAAAAAUUUUGAUGAGGGAAAAGCACGAAAAUUGGUGCAAAAGGCUCUAAUGUUUUCUCUUGGUUCUCAAUAUUUCUUCAAGUUUUUUAUGUUUUCUUGGUUCUCAGAAAAGACAAUUGAUUUUAUUGUAGCAUUUCCCCUUUAAGAAUAUGGGUUUUCUUUUCAGGAGGUGGCAUUUGGUGUCAGGUUCAUCCUAGUAACAUUGACAUAAUGAUGUAUGAUACUUACGUCUUGUUUAUUUUGGACAUGAACUUUGUGUGGUGUAA